ACCGCCGCCAUGGACUUGGAAUCCCCACUUCCCUCCUCUCCUUCAAACUCGCACCACCGCCCUCCGCCCCCUCGCCGGCAGCCAGGAGGGUGGCGCGCCGUCAAAUACAUCAUCGGGAACGAGUCGUUUGAGAAGCUGUCAUCCAUGAGCCUGAUCUCCAAUAUCACUGUAUAUCUCAGCACCAAAUACAAUCUCAACGGCAUUUAUGUGGUCAAUGUGGUUAACAUUUGGAGUGGCACUUCCAAUGUUGCCACUUUGGCCGGCGCUUUCAUCGCCGAUACUUGCCUUGGCCGCUACCGCACCCUCCUCUACGGCUCCAUUGCAUCAUUCUUGGGGAUGGGAGCUGUUACGCUCACUGCAAUCUUCCCCCAGCUCAGACCUUCUCCUUGCAAUGCUCAAAAUCCCGACCAUUGCCCACAGCCACAUUUAUGGCAGCUCCUCGUUCUCUUCACUGGUCUCGGUCUGUUAUCGGUCGGCGCCGGUGGCAUUCGUCCCUGCAACGUCGCAUUCGGAGCCGAUCAAUUCGACACCACCACAGAAAAGGGAAAGUCCCAAUUAGAAAGCUUCUUUAAUUGGUGGUAUCUCUCUUUCACCGUUGCUCUGCUUAUAGCCCUCACCGGUGUUGUUUAUGUUCAAACAAAUAUAAGUUGGACCCUCGGAUUCGCCAUACCCACCAUUUGUUUCUUCUUCUCCAUCACGAUUUUCUUGUUGGGUCGCCAUACUUAUAUCAUGGCAGAGCCCAGAGGAAGCAUGUUUUCUGAUAUGGCUCGUGUCAUUAUCGCCGCUUGUAGAAAAGGAAGAUACUCUGUUUCGUCUUACUCGUUUUAUGACCCACCAAUGGCGGAUUCUUCCCAUGAGGAAAAGCUUGUUCAUACAGAGAGAUUCAAAUGGCUGGAUAAAGCUGCGUUUAUAGUGAACCCAGAUGAAGAAUUGGAUGAACAGGGGAAACCCAAGAAUCCAUGGAGGUUAUGCAGUUUACAGCAAGUCGAAGGAUUCAAAUGCCUUGUGUCCAUUAUUCCCAUUUGGAUAUCAGGAAUUGGGUGUUUUGUAGUGUUCAAUCAACCCAACACAUUUGGAAUUCUUCAAGCUUUGCAAUCAAACAGAUCAAUCGGAACCCAUUUCAAAUUCCCACCCGGCUGGAUGCAUCUGGCCGGAAUGAUUUCUCUAUCAAUAUGGAUCAUAAUCUACGAGAGGGUUUUCAUCAAAAUGGCAAAGAAAAUCACCGGAAAAGAGAGAAGACUUACAAUGAAACAGAGGAUCACGAUAGGGAUAAUCUUGUCGAUUGUGUGCAUGGUGGUCUCCGGCAUCGUCGAGAGAUAUCGACGGGAGGCUGCUUUGAAAAAUGGGUCGUUCAUUUCACCGAUAAGCUUCGCGUUUCUGUUGCCGCAGCACGCUCUGACUGGUUUGAUGGAGGCUUUUGCGUUGGUAGCCAUUAUGGAGUUCUUCACGAUGCAUAUGCCAGAGCAUAUGAGAACGGUUGCAGGGGCCAUCUUCUUCCUCACGCUCUCUGUUGCGAGCUAUUUGAGCUCAUUAAUAGUUAAUCUGAUACAGACUGUGAGCGGUGAAUUUGCAGAAUCGGCAUGGGUAGGGGGUCAUGACUUGAACGAGAAUAGGCUCGAUUACUACUAUUUCACGAUCGCCAUUGUGGGAGCUCUGAAUCUGCUGUACUUCGUGUUGUUUGCAAGCCGUUUUGUGACGAGUUAUGAUAAUAAAGUGAAAUUGAUGGAAGAUUUGAAUCGGAUUGAUUUGUAAAUGCGUGAGAAACAGGGCGCGUCAUUGCCAAUAUUGGGUUCUUCCUUGCACAUUACUCUUCCCUAGUUU